AUGAAAAACCCUAGCUUCGACUGGGAAAGAUUGAAAGACGUAUUUUAUAGAAGCAGAGCCAUUGGCGAAUUAAAAUGGCCAACUCAGUACGAGGAGUUCAAAUGUGCCUUGUCAUUAACUGUUAUCGCGGUUGAAAUUCAAGACUUUAUACAAGUAUACAAUUAUUUUGGGCAGCUGUUAGGCAAGAUAAAUUUGCAAAGAAUUCAUGAGGAUAUAAUAAAGUUUGAGUUCGAUAAAGACGAGAAGCUGAUAUUGGUCACGAAAAGCUCCAUCAAAAUUGUGAAAGGUUGGUCGCCACUGACGAUAGAAAGUGUCCCAUUACAGGACCCAACCAUUGAUACUAUCUGGGACUAUCACAAUGGAAUCAUGUUGUUAGCAAAAUCUCGUGAUAUAUACAAGUUAAACGGAAAUGAAUGGGAACUUCUUUACGAGAACAAAGAUAAAAAAUAUAAUUUAUUGACAAAAAACCACUGGAGUUGCAAUGAUGACUCCAUCAUUUUACUGGAUGUUGAUCAUGUAUAUCAAGUAAGCACCUCGAACGGGGCACUAUUGAAGUUAAUCACAGAUUCGUCGUGGCACAAGGUAACGAUCUCAUCUAGAGGAUUUAUUUGCCUUUAUAAUAUGAAGGACAAUAAACUGCAGAUUUUCAGAGAUCCAGCAAGAAUACUAAUGGAACACAACUUGGAUUCUACACCAGAUGAUAUAUGUUGGUGUGGCAAUGAUACCGUUGCUUGUUCUUUCGAGGACGAAAUCAAAUUAUACGGCCCAGAUGGUUUGUAUGUAACAUUUUGGUACCCUUUUACUGUAACUAACCUAAGGGCAGAGGUUGAUGGGUUGAAGGUUAUUACCACUGAAAAGAUUUACUUUCUAUCCAGGGUACAACCUCAGACUUCUAAUAUAUUUAGAAUUGGCUCAACCGAGCCUGGUGCAAUGCUUGUUGACUCAUUUAGUUUACUGGAGGAUCAUGCACCCAAAGCAAUUGAAAUAUUAAAGAAUUUUGUCUUAGAGAAGGGUGUACUGGACUGUAUUGCUGCUGCAAUAGACGAAUUUGAACCUAAACUACAGAAGAUGUUGUUGAACGCUGCAUCUUAUGGAAAAGCUUCUUUGCAGUACAAGUCAUUUGACGCUAGUAUAUUUGUGAAUGCGUGUAAUACGAUAAAAUUAUUAAACUGCUUCAGAAGUUUUGGUAUUUUUUUGACUGUGGAGGAAUACAGGUGUAUUUCUUUGAAAGGUGUCAUUGAUAGGCUGUUGAAGUAUCACAGAUAUUAUGAGUGCAUACAGAUAUGCAAAUUGGCCAAUGAACGAUUUCUGUUAGGAUACGUGUUUACUGAGUGGGCAAAGGAUAAAAUCAAGGGUAGUCCUGACAUGGAAGAUGAUGAGUUACUAGACAAAAUCAAAUCUCGACUAAGUGUUAUAGAUAUGACGGAUACAUUACAAAUGGUAGCAGUUGCGAAAGUUGCAUAUCUUGAAGGAAGGUUCCAGUUAUCCCGUAAUUUAGCUUUAUUAGAGAAAAACGAAGAAGCUAGAAUUGAGCAACUGUAUAAUCUUGAUGAUGAUAGUAUAGCGCUAAAGGAGUGUAUCAAAGUACAAAAUUACAGUCUGACAAUUUCAUUACUGAUUGCACUUUCCAAAAAGCUGACAAACUCUCAACUGACGAAGCUUUUGAUCAUUGAUAUGUUCAACAAUCCCUUAUAUCUCUAUUAUAUGAGAAUGGAUAAAGCAUACUUGUACGAUUUUUACCGCCAAACUGACCGAUUUAUUGACUUGGCUCACGUAUUACUGCAGCAGGGAAAAGAACAGCAAUCUUUACACAGCUUUUUACCGCAAAUUAAGGACCUUUAUAGCCAAGUUCAAAACAGUGAAGUGGUCAACAAUACAAUAGAACAACUUCAAAGACAGGAAAAGUUGUGGAUAUACCAAGAAUCAUUAGGCAAAAGAUUUGCUAUAUCAUUCACUAAUAUGACUUUAGAUCAAACGCUUUCGAAGUUAAUAGAAACAGGGCAAGAUAAACAGGUGAAAGAAAUAGUUAAAAAGUUCAAAAUAAGCGAAAAAAAGCUGUAUCACCUGAAAUGUAAAACGUUAGUCGAAGCUAAGAAGUUUGACGAACUACUACAGUUUGCUCAGUCGCGGAAAUCACCAAUUGGUUACAUGCCUUUCUACACAUACUUAAAAAGCAGAGGCCAUAUGGAUAAAGCUAGUCCUUAUGUUAAUAUGAUACCUGGCCUUUCGUAUCAGGAAAAGAAAAAGCUUUAUGUGGAGUGCAGGGGUUUUCGUGAUGCAAUUCAACUAGCAGGAAAGGAAAAAGACAUUCCAGGCUUAAAGGAGAUAUAUAAUAUUAUACCACCUAAUGAGCCGGAAUUAAAGGCAUUAGCAAAUGAAACUAUGAGCAGGAUAUAG